GAAAUCAGUCAAUUUAUUUCGUGCCGUGAGUGGGCAAUCCAGCAAGCAACAGGGAAUAGAUCUCAUCUUUGUUCACGUAAAACGAAGGCUGCUGUUUGUUGUUGGAUAAAAAGAGAUAGACCAAAAGGUUCCAAAGCCAACUUAAAAUGUUAAUAAUUUAUAGGUCCCCUGUCCGCUCUGUGCAAAGUUGGUUAAGGCUGUAGUUUACCUGUUACCGUGCAGAAACAUGUCAGAGAAGCCUGUGAGUGUCAGCGACUAUGAGCAAGAGGCGAAAAAAGUACUCCCCAAAGCAGUGUUUGACUAUUACUUUUCUGGAGCCGAUGAACAAGAGACACUAGCAGAUAAUGUAGCCGCGUUUUCCAGGUGGAGGCUGUACCCCCGCGUGCUGCGGGACGUCUCCCAGGUGGACCUGUCCGUCUCUGUCCUGGGACAGCGGCUCAGCAUGCCCGUGUGCGUGGCGGCCACCGCCAUGCAGAGGAUGGCCCAUCCCGACGGAGAGACGGCCACUAUGAGAGCAUGCUGUUCUGCAGUCACGGGGAUGAUGCUGAGCUCCUGGGCCACGUCCACCAUAGAGGAGGUGGCAGAGGCAGGCCCGGCCGGGGUGCGCUGGUUGCAGCUCUAUAUCUACAAGGACCGGAACCUGACCCUCUCUCUGGUCCGACGGGCCGAGCAGGCCGGCUACACGGGUAUCUUUGUCACUGUGGACACGCCCUAUCUGGGCCGGCGCCGAAACGACGUGCGCAACCGAUUUAAGCUUCCCAGCCACCUCAGGAUGGCUAAUUUUGAUUCCCCAGACAUGGCGUUCUCCUCUAAGGAGGGGUACGGUGAGGACAGCGGCCUGGCUGUAUAUGUGGCUCAGGCCAUCGAUCCCACUCUCCAAUGGGAGGACAUUGCCUGGCUGAAAAAGACGACAUCACUUCCUGUGGUGCUGAAAGGAGUACUGACAGCUGAAGAUGCCAAGCUGGCCCUUCAGUACGGUGUCGAUGGGAUUCUGGUGUCUAAUCAUGGAGCGCGACAGCUGGACUCUGUCCUGGCCACCAUCGACGCGCUCCCACAGAUAGUGGAGGCGGUGGAAGGCAAGGUGGAGGUGUUCCUGGACGGAGGUGUGCGCAAGGGGACCGACGUGUUGAAAGCCCUGGCCCUGGGUGCUAGGGCGGUGUUUGUGGGACGACCUGUCCUGUGGGGGCUCGCCUGUGGGGGUCACAGGGGUGUCAGUGACGUCCUCGAGAUGCUGAGAGAGGAGCUUCGCCUGGCGCUCGCUCUUGCAGGUUGUCGCUCACUGAAGGAAGUGGAUAAGUCAGUUGUGAGGAAAUCUGGGUUCUAUUCACGGAUCUGAGGUCUGAGGUGAAUCAGGCUGUAGAAGGUCAUCCUUGGAUGAGGACUGGUGCAGUACAUCUCAUUAGAAGAAAGGGCUCUGCAUCCACCUGAAAAACAUUGUCUUCCAGUCACGGCACAGGAUACAUAUUUGGCAAUGCUGACAAAUAUGUAAAUGGUUAAAAGCAUAUCAUAAAAUGGGAUUGAUGUUUUCUCAUGACAUACACUAGAAAAAACAGCUAAAUGUAAUUCAAGCUUUGUUGUAUGAUAUGUAUUGCCUUUCAUUUUGUGGAACUACAA